CUGGGAGACAAACAAUAUGAAGGAAACAUAUCCUAUCUCUCCUAUCCACCAUUUUCUCGAUGCCACUAUAAACAACAAUUUGAGCCGGCCACCAUUUCCCUUUCUUUAUCAAGAAAAACAAGCCAUCCAACCAACAACCAAACGUUCACAAACAAGUCAAGAAACACCACAGGACAAGAGAACAUGUUCCUCGUCUACUUCCUCUUGUUCAUAGGCUUCUAUGUGAUAUCAAGGCAUAUCAUCCACAACAUCCGCAACCUUCCGCCCAGUCCCUUCCCGACCUACCCCAUCCUCGGCCACCUUCACCUCCUCAAGAAGCCCCUCCACCGCUCCCUCGCCACCAUCUCCAGCCGCCAUGGCCCCAUCCUCCUCCUCCAAUUCGGCUUCCGCCGCGUCCUCGUUGUCUCCUCCCCCUCUGCUGCCGAGGAGUGCCUCGCCAAGAACGACAUCGUCUUCGCAAACCGCCCACGCCUCCUGGCCGGUAAAUACUUGGGUCACGACUACAUGAGCCUUGUGUGGGCGCCCUAUGGGGAUCACUGGAGGAACCUGAGGCGGGUCGCAACCCUCGAGAUCCUCUCAUCCCACCGGCUCAACAGCCUGUCUGGGAUACGGGCUGACGAGGUCAGCGCUCUCAUGAGGCGGCUUGCCAGGAACGAUUACUGGGCACAACCUGUGGAUAUGAAGAAGGCCUUGUUCGAGCUGAUGCUGAAUGUGAUGAUGAGGAUGAUCGGCGGAAAGAGGUACUACGGAGAGCAUGCAGCGGAGGAAGCAUGGAGGUUCCGGGAGAUUGUGACGGAGACGGGUAGGAUUGGAGGGGCCACGAACAUCGGGGAGUUCCUGCCGUUCCUCAGGAGGAUCGGGUUCGAGGGGGUGGAGAAGGACCUGCGGGCUUUGCAAGAGAAGAGGGACUGCUUCAUGCAGUCUUUGCUUGACGAGCAAAAGAGGCAGCUGGUAAAAGAGAAGAAUAAGAAUCUGAUUCAGGUCUUGUUGUCCCUGCAAGAAACAGAACCUGAGUACUACAAAGACGUUACCAUCAGAAGCAUGAUGUCCGUCCUAUUAGCAGCGGGGACUGAAACUUCCGCUGCCACAAUGGAGUGGACCAUGUCGCUCCUAUUGAACCACCCCGAGGUCUUAAAGAAGGCACAGGCGGAGAUUGACCAUGUUGUCGGGUGGGACCACUUGGUAAGUGAGUCCGACCUCACCGUGCUCCCUUACCUCCACAACAUCAUCAAGGAGACUCUCCGUAUGUUCCCGGUGGCCCCGCUCUCGGUGCCCCACGAGUCAACUGAGGGGUGCCAUGUGGGCGGGUAUUGGGUACCUGGGGGCACGAUGCUCUUGAUCAACUUGUACUCGAUCCAGCGGGACCCACGGUACUGGUCAGAACCCGAGAAGUUCAAGCCCGAGAGGUUCGAGGGGACAGAAGGGUUUAGAGACGGGCACAGGAUGUUGCCAUUCGGAUUGGGUAGGAGAGGAUGCCCGGGGGAGAACCUGGCCCUCAGGAUGAUGUCUGGGACCCUGGGGUCGCUGAUCCAGUGCUUUGAAUGGGGGCGGACCGACGAGGAGCCAGUGGACAUGACCGAGGCAAUGGGCCUCACCAUGCCAAAGGCGCAUCCGUUGAUGGCUAAAUGUAGGCCCCGAGAAAGCAUGCGGCCACUCCUUUCCCAAAUAUGAGUAGUUGUGUAAGAUAUGAUCAGGUAACGAAAAUAAUCGUUCCAUUGUCGUAAUGUGCUCUUGCCGUGGAUGAUGAAUGUAGUUGCGAUGAAAUAGUAGUAAGGACCGUGGUGAACCAGCUCCGAUUUCUGGAUAUAAAUACGGAUCAUUCCUC